AUGCACCGCUGCGCUCGAGAGCGACGCGAUACAGACAUGUCUUACUCCCAGGCCAGUUCCUCGCGCGCGCGGGGGUCGCAGCCAGCCAGCGGCGCGCGAAGGCUGUGGCGCGGCUGCAGGCGCAAGAAGUCCGACGACAGCGUGGACCUCGGAGCCAUGGGCCCACCGCGCACCCGGGCGCCCCACGUGGUCAUGGGCGCGGCGAGGAAGUCCGCGGCGGAGAAUGGCGACGGAUCGGGGGAGGGCCCUACGACCGAGUUCUGGCACAAGGGGCACCCAGCAGAAGCAGCCGAGCAGACGUCGCGGAGUGCGUGGCGCACUCCUCGGCCCGGCAGCUGA